AUGUUUAUGAACUCAUCUGGUGAUAAUAUUGUGAUGGCUACAAGGAGAGAAAGUGUGAAAGAGGUUAAACCAAAUGAGGUUAGUGAUACAAUUUAUGUUGCUGUGGCUAAAGAUGUGAGAGAUAGUAAACUAAAUAUGGUUUGGGCUAUACAAAAUUCUGGAGGAAAGAGAAUUUGUAUUCUUCAUGUGCAUGUACCAUCUCCUAAGAUCCCUAUGAUGGGUGGUAAAUUUCCAGCAAGUGCACUGAGAAAGCAAGAAGUUGAAGCAUACAGGAAAAAUGAACGUCAAGACAUGCACAAGACUCUUGAUGGUUACCUUCUUAUAUGUCAAAGAAUGGGGGUGAGAGCAGAAAAACUUCAUAUUGAAAUGGAUUCCAUUGAAAAAGGGAUUAUAGAACUCAUCUCCAAGUAUAACAUACAAAACCUUGUUAUGGGAGCAGCUUCUGAUAAGUACCAUUCAAGGAGAAUGACCGAUCUCAGAUCUAAGAAAGCCAUCUAUGUAUGUCAACAAGCUCCAUCUUCUUGUCAUAUACAGUUCAUCUGCAAAGGAUAUCUUAUACAAACAAGGAAUACUCAUGCACUCAGGGAUUGCAGUUUGAUGGAGCAAAUACAAAACUCUGAAGUUGGUAACUCAUCUCACUUGAGAUCUAGAUCAGUUUCACAUGAUCAAGAUCAGUUAUCUCAGCAUCAUAGAGUAAGAUCUAUAAGCUCUUCUGUUGGAAGUGGAAGAAGCAUGGUAUCAUGUGUAUCUUCUCCAGAAACAAGUUGGUGUCCUUCACCUUUAUCAGUUGAAACAUCAUUGAUUCCAAGUGAUGGAAGUGAGAGUGUGUUGGACUUGAAAAUGAGUUCCUUAUCAAGUAUUAAAGAGGAAGACCUUCAUCACUCAUCACCUCCUAGUGUGCUGCAGGAUGGAGGAAUGGAUAGUGUUUAUGAUCAGCUUGUACAGGCUAUGGCUGAGGCUGAGAAGGCUAGAUGGGAUGCAUAUCGAGAAACGGUUAGGCGUCGCAAAGCUGAAAAGGAUCUCAUUGAUGCAAUACGCAAGACUAAUGACAACAAUAUCUUGUAUCAAGAAGAGAUGAAACUAAGGAAAGAGUUAGAGGAAGAACUACAUAAAGCAAAAGAAGAAAUUCACAACAUGAGAAGCCAAAUAGACAAAGUCAAUGAAAAUCUCCAACUUGCCUUGGAUCACAAGUCAUCAACAGAGAAUCAAAUUGAUGAAGACUCAAGAACACAAUCUCUUCAACUUUUCAAUGAGUUUUCUUUAUCAGAAAUUGAAGAAGCAACUUGUAACUUCAAUCCGUCCUUAAAGAUCGGUGAAGGUGGUUACGGAAGUAUAUUUAAAGGUAUCCUUCGUCACACCGAGGUAGCUAUAAAAAUUUUAAGUCCCAACAGCAAUCAAGGACCGUCCGAGUUUCAACAAGAGAUUAACGUAUUGAGCAAGUUAAGGCAUCCGAAUCUUAUAACACUUAUUGGAGUGAACCAAGAAUCAAGAACUCUUAUCUAUGAGUAUUUACCAAAUGGAAGCCUUGAAGAUCAUCUCAUCUGCAAAGACAAAACCACCCCUCCAUUAUCAUGGAAGACUCGAAUUCGCAUCGCGACAGAACUACAUUCCGCUCUAAUUUUCCUCCAUUCCAAUAAACCUCACAGCAUACUGCAUGGUGACUUAAAACCUUCCAACAUUCUCCUUGAUGCAAACCUAGUAAGCAAGCUCAGCGACUUCGGAAUCAGUCGUAUACUAUCGCGUCAAGACGAUUCUUCGAGUAACAAUACCAAUAGUACACAGUUUUGGAUCACUAGUUUUGCAAAGGGAACAUUUGCAUACAUGGAUCCUGAAUUCUUUGCAACAGGUGAACUUACUACAAAGUCAGAUGUUUAUUCAUUUGGAAUUUUGUUGUUGAUGUUGGUAACUGGGAAAACAGCCUUAGGAAUAAAGAAUGAAGUGUUGUAUGGUUUAAAUGGUGGAGAAGUGAAGUCAUUGUUGGAUCCUUUGGCUGGAGAUUGGCCUAUUGUGGAAGGUGAAAAGUUGGUUCAUUUGGCUUUGAAAUGUUGUGAUAUGAAUAGAAAGAAUAGGCCAGAGCUUUGUUCUGAUGUGUGGAGGGUGUUGGAAGCAAUGAGGGGGUUGUGA